AUGGCGUCACAACACGGGCCUGCUGGUCCCAGCAAGCUCGACAUUCCGGUCCGGCUGUCUUUCGUGAGCGGAACCUCACAAACCAAGGACCCAGACAACGGCACUCCUAGCUACACGCAGAUGAAGACCCCCGACCCAGCGAAUCUCGAGGGAGGAGCUCUGCGUGAGGGUGGAGCCCCCAGUCUCACCAGCAGAGACAGCAUCGGUCUGCUGUUCCAGUACGCAGCUGUCGGCAUCAACUACGGUCUGCUGCCUGCUACCGUGUACCCGUUCCUGCAGCAGUGUCUGAACGCCACGGGCUCCCAAGUGACCACAGCUUCAACGCUGGUGAUCCUGCCAUGGAGCUUCAAGGUCUUCUAUGGCAUCCUGUCGGAUUGUGUCCCGAUCUGCGGCUACCGUCGGAAGAUCUGGAUGCUCAUCGGUUGGGGCAUGUGCCUUGCCAUGCUUAUCGUGAUGGCGGCGUCCCCUGCUGGAGACCCAUACUACACGGUUCCAUCCGACCGCGACAUUGCUGCCGCUGACAUCACCCCGGAGAUCGAAGCGCGUAUCAACUACGACGCCGGCAACCAAGCGGGCAAAUACGUCAUGCUCAUGUUCUUCGCGGCCAUUGGAUACGUCCUGGCGGACGUCGUGAGCCAUUUGAGCAUCUCGUUGAACUUCCCGGAGUUGAUGUGCAUCGUGGCGGUGAUCAUGGCGCCGAUCCUUCCCAUUACGUGGUUUUUCAUCAAAGAGGAGAAGCAAGCGAGAGUGCCGUUCAAACUCUACAUGACCGAACUCUGGAAGCUCAUCCAGAAGCGUGCUGUGUACCAAGUCAUCUUCUACCAGUUCUUCCAGAACGUUUUCUCUAGCAUCUCCUACACCGCCAGCUCCCCUGUUCAGUCGUACAUGGUGGGCGUGACCCCCAUCAACAACACUAUCAGCGAGAUCUUCAGCAACGUAUUGUUCAUGGCUGGCAUCAUGGCUACAUCCAAGUGGGGCCUGCAAUGGAGCUGGCGCAAGAUGAUCCUGUUCACGGGUAUCUUCGUCAUUAUUAAUGUGUUCCGCAGCCAGUGGUUCUGGCUCGGUCUCCCCAUGGCUGUCCAACUUCCUUACGGUGUCGGUUGGAUGAUCGGCAACUUUGUCAUCGUCGAGCUGUCGGGAGUCGGUAAUGAAGGAGCCAUCUACGGACUGAUUACCAUGGUUGACAACCUCGCGUCUCCGUUCGCUCAGGCUCUGACACUCGUGAUUGACCAACCGUUUAACCUCACGACGGCUCGAAUCCAGGCCGACGACGACUCCAUCCGAACGGACCUUACUUACGCGGUGCUCAUCAUGUACGGCAUGACGAUCUUCUCGUGGUCGUUCCUUGUGUUCCUGCCUCGCCAAAAGGAGGAAACGCAGGAACUUUUGCGCACGGGGGGUAGCAGUAAGAUCUUGGGUGGUAUCACGGGGUUCUACGUCUUGUUCGCGUUCGUCUGGUCGCUGAUGACCAACAUCAUGGCCAUGUUCGAGUCCACGUCGUGCCUCAUUAUCGCUGGCGGCAAAGGUUGCUAA